AUGGCGGGCGAGCCGAAGCCCUACAGGCCCAAGGCGGGAAACAAGCGGCCGCUGUCAGCUGUCUACAGUGGAUACGAGUUCGACUAUGAGUACUACAGAGACGACUUCUACAGCAGGCUGUUCGACUACCACGGCAGAGUGGCCCCUCCUCCCAGAGCGGUCAUUCCUCUGAAGCGCUCCCGGGUGCUGGCUCAAUCGUCCCGUCGUGGAAAGACCUCCUUCCCCCUCAAGACGUCCUCCUCAUCCUCCUCCUCCUCCUCCAGACCGCCCACGUCAUCUUCCUCUGGCCUCAAACCAGUGAAGUCGGAGCAGCUGCAGACCAUCAAACGUGAGCUGACUCAAAUCAAGACCAAGAUCGACUCCCUGCUGGGUCGCCUGGAGCGCAUCGAGAAGCAGCAGCGCGCAGACUGCGAAGCUCAGAGGAAGUACGAGGACAACUGCGACUCCCUGCACGAGGAGUCCGUAUCUGAGGCGGCCGAUAACUCCGGAGACGAGGGCGGCGAGGUCCUGGGCGGGGAGGGCGGCGACAUGAGCGACGGAGGGGUGGACGAUUACGACGAAGAGGGCUCUCACCGCCUGAUAGAGAACCACGUAUCGGACAUUGACAACUGA